GGGCCUUGGUGUAUUAAGUGAUUUUUUAUUUGGAAUUCAUCGUAAAGAAGAUGAGGAUGGGUUUAUGGAUAUCGAAUUUAAAGAUAGUUUUAAAGAUGAAGAAAUCAAGAUCUUUAUAAAAGUAUUAAAAAAGAUAGUUGAACAUAGAGAAAGUAAAAAGAAUGAAUAUCAAAAUAUCAAGUCUAUAUCCUUCUGUUCCGGUUUGACAUAUCUUAAUAAAUACGCAUUUCCAUAUUUCUCCAAAGUAUAUAGCGAGUGGACUAUAUGCAAGAAAACUGAUGAGAGGAUAAAUAGGAUCACCAAAGAAAACAAUAGGCUAAAACGUAAACUUAAUGUAAGAGGUAAUGAUAAAGAGAUAUAUUCAUCAGAUGAAGGUAACAUAAAAAAUAACAAUGAUAAUAACCUUGAAUCAAGGCCCAAAGCUGUUAAAAAUAGCACAAAGAAACUUU